AUGUAGGUCCCUCACAUGUGUCGUGGUCACGCGCCGUGACGAACGUCGGCCGUGAAGUUUCUGGUGAUUGAGUGCGGCUUCUGGACAUCACCGGGAUGAUGCUCGGAAGCAUGGACGGAAAGGAUUACGGUGCGCUCCACGCCGCCGCCGCCGGCUACACGAUGGACCCCGAUCCAAGCGGAGGAAUGGGCAAUAUAGGCGUGGGCGGCUCGGGUGGUCAACAGUAUGGAGAAGUCAACCAGUUGGGCGGAGUGUUUGUCAAUGGAAGACCUCUGCCCAAUGCUGUGAGAUUACGGAUUGUGGAACUAGCGCAACUUGGAAUCAGGCCUUGCGACAUUAGCAGACAGCUGAGGGUCUCGCACGGAUGCGUGUCCAAAAUACUGGCCAGAUACCACGAGACCGGGUCCAUACUCCCCGGUGCUAUCGGAGGAUCCAAGCCGCGGGUCACUACUCCGAAGGUGGUUUCGUACAUAAAGCAGUUGAAAGCGAAAGACCCUGGUAUAUUUGCGUGGGAGAUCCGAGACCGGCUGUUAGCUGACGGGGUUUGUGACAAGUACAAUGUGCCCUCAGUGUCUUCUAUAUCGAGGAUAUUGCGGAAUAAGCUAGGCGGUGGGGCCUUGUACCCGGUACCGCCGCUGUACCCUGUACCGCCUCAGAGAUGCUGGCCAUUGCACCAACCAUACGACUACUAUGUCUAUUUGCAGGGCAGACAGCACGGCGGCGGAGGAGCUCACCUAGCCCCGCACCAGCAGCCUCCGCACCACGCCCACGCACACGCGCUCUGACGCUACGCGACUACUGCACUCAUGUGACAGUGACAAUGACAUUAUCUCAUAGUGACAAGUGUGAACUAAAUCCGCGACUUUAGACUCCGUGACAAUGUUUGUUAGCCGUGUGAUCGUGGGUGAUGAAGCGCCUUGACUGACAUUCCACUCGGCUUGGAGCGGUGGUCAGCUUCUCUCUCUCUCUCUCUCUCUCUCUCUACGUCACUCUCUUACAGUCAGUAGAGAGAAACGCAGCGAGUAGUGCUAUAAAAACCUCAAAAUAAAUUGUUUAGUCGCGAUUGAGUCAUUCGUUGGAAUGGCCAGAAUUAUAAUAUUUAUACCAUGUAUUUCUUAGAGACUGCGUGCCCGCAGUGAGCGGUAAUAUAACCUCUAAUUUAUUAAGUUGUAAAUGCUAGAUAAACGAGAAAGUAUUAUGUAAAUAUAAGUCAUAUAAGCUGUAAGAUAAUAAUUUAUUGAUAAGGAAAAUAUAUAUUCAUUUUUGGUUCGUUAAGUAGCGCCAAGUGACCGGUGAUGUCAGCCGCGGCUCCUCGCAAGAUAUAUUGCGUGCCAGCUGACUUAGCCCUUGAUGAAGAGCUGUCUAUUUGUGGUACAGUACCAACUAAUAUGUAUAUAGAUCGUGAAGAAUAAAUAAAAUGUAGCUUAAUACUCAGUUACAUAGAUAAAUACGGGGCGAACUUUUUUUUUAUUGCAUGGAUGGGUGGACAAGCUCAUAGCUCACCUGUUGUUAAGUGGUAACUGGAGCCCAUAGACAUCUACAACGUAAAUGCGCCACCCACCUUGAUAUAAGUUCUAAGGUCUCAAGAAUUGUUACAAUGGCCGCCCCACCCUUCAAACUGAAACGCAUUACUGCUUCACGAGAAAUAGGCAGGGCGGUGGUACCUACCCGCGCGGACUUACAAGAGGUCCUACCACCAGUAAUUACGCAAAUUAUAAUUAAAUUAAAAAAAAUGAAAUAAAACUUAUAAUAACUUGUUGAAAAAGACACAUACAUACAUAUAUUUUAGUGUGGGAGUUGCCCGAAUACUGUUGUUGCGGUACGGUGUGGACCCACACGGGUCGGUGCCAACAUGCACACCAGACAUCCACUAAACCACUACGCGCUCCCAUCUGAACGAUUAAGACUUUUAUUAUGUUCUACCUCGUGUAGCAAGGGAGGCAGUCGGACUCGCCUGACGAGGACUAUGAGCUCCGGUUUCCGCUUAACACCAGAUGGGCCGUGUCGCUGUUGAGCUUGAGUUAUUUUAAACCAAAAAACUAAAAAUUACGUGCUGUCCAAAAAACAUCACAAAGUUAUAUAUAUGACAACAAUAAUACAUAUAUACCUACAUACAUACAAUAAGAGUAGCACCGCGCGAUUUAACCGUGCUCCGAGUCGCAAUUAGCUCGCAAAAUAUUAAUGUGUUCGAAUUGUAUACUUAUAAUAAUAAUAUUAUAAUAACUAACUAGUUGUGAUAUUGAAAUAAAUUAAAUAUCAUUGCGGAUAAUAAUAGAUCCCGAAAUGUAAAUUUGCAGGAAACAUUAUUGAUAUUCUCUAAUUGCAUAAAAAUAAUGUAAUAUUUAUUAGUUCGUAAUAGCUACGGCACGAGUUACGAUUUCGAUAUAAUAUAUAGUUUGUUAUCUAUCUAAAAUAUCUAAUAGUCUCUCGACGUAUGAUGUUUUAAUGUGAGAAAUGAUCAGAGCAUCGCCCGAGAAGUCGUCAAAAAGCACUAAUUAAAACAAGCCGCCUUCAGGGCUAGCAUGAAGCCUGGCGACGGAUGUGUUUGACAUUACUACAAAUAUAACAUUUGCUCAUAAUACAUUUAGUACCAUGUUUAGUGCCAGCAGCCCUAUCCACCGGCUUAGGGCAGCCCUAUUUUGUUUUCCUGGCACACCUGGUGCUAAUCGGUUAGGUGAUGCCGAAGUCUCAAUAGUGGAGUACAACGGCUGCCCCACCCCUCGAACCGGAAGGCACAACACACUUUUAGACAUAGUAACGACUCGGAAAACUGUAAUUAUGUGUUGGAUACAAUUAUGCCUCAUUAUAAUUUAAAUAACCUGAUGUACCACUAGUAGGUAUGCGUAUAAUUUUAUUUGUAAAAAGUUUUAGUGUAAGUUUUGUAAUUGAUGUUUAUAAUGUUCAACGUGCAAAAAAUAAAAUGGUUUGUUGAGAUGA